ACAUGUUGUUUCCUUGGAUCAAGAUCGAUUCUCUUGAGGCCGUUUUGCCUGCACAUGUUUUUCUUUUUUCUUUUCCAAUUAGCACAUGUGUUCUAUCUAUUCCUAUGUUGUCAAGGCAAUUUCUUCUGUGGCUUCCGUGGGUAGUUUCAGCUAGAUCGUCCCGAACUCCCAGAUGCCUAUAGCCAGAACAUAUAUGGUUCGAAAAAGGAAGAAAAAAAAUGACAGGCGUAUGCUGCCCAAAAAUAAGCGCUCCCAAGAUAUUGGUGGCACGCCACAGUUCAAGGUGGCCAACCAAACGUUGGUGGCCAGAAAGAAAAAGACCGUCUCUGUUUUGCUCUCUUUGCUGGCUGCUAUCCACAUUGGGAUCUCGAAUUCACCUUGGAUUUCGUAGCGUAGAACAAAGGCUCCGUCCGUCCGUCAAGCAUCCUCUGUCGCAGGUGAAUUGGCUCUAAAUGUCUCCGCCUGUUCCGCUGGAUUCCGGCUACCAGAUAAGGCGGCGUGGCAUGUUGAAAUUUAUUUGAUCUCCUCUCUGUUGUCUGUUGUACUGGCUUAACAUGAAGUUUCCAACGCAGGAUGAUCUAAUAGCUGUUAGUUCUUGGUAGCAUCGAUCACAUCAAGAAGGAUUCAAAGGAAAAAAGUGCAAUUGAAAUAAAGUUUCACCACACGAAACCUAAGCGAGAAGCCGAUGGCAAGCACUGAUGAUCCGAAGAACGAGCCGUCGUCCCCUUGGUCCAUUUUUAAUUGGAAUAACAAAGCAGAGCCGGAGGUCGAGCAACCCAGAAUGAGAAGCACCCAAGAGAUCCUCACAAAAUAUAAAUUCAACGGGGAUGCUGCCGCGGCAGCGGCGCACGCGAAGGAUAAGCUCAUGGAGCGGCAGGAGAAACUCGCGAAAAUGGUCGAAGAAUCCGCAGAGUUUGAGAGCGAGGCGAAAAACUUUGCCACCCUCGGCCAGCAGAUCAGGAAAUCCCUGGAGACCAAGAGAUGGUGGUGGCCAUCGUGAUUCAUAAACCAAUCGUCCGGUCAUCAAGCGAUGUGAUGUGAUGUAGUGUAAAAAAACACCUCUUAUAUUAUGGGACGGAGGGAGUAAUACCAAUGCGUUUAGCGUGCCUGGCUGCUGCACUGGUCUGCGCAUGCUAAAUGAAACGAGAGCAAGACGUUGCCUUUUAGCAACAAGUGGGAAUGAUUGUGGACGGAUACAUGUAUCUACUCUACUUAGUUUUAAUUAAUCAUGUGAUGGUGAUGGCUGACGACCGUGCGAUGGACUUCUCACCCGCCAGCGCCAUACAUGUAACUAGCUCUUAUCGUGGACGGAUAAAUGGUACGAGGUGGCAUAUUUUGCUUGCGGAUCGAAUGGUGCUAAGAGAGGACACGGGUGGCGUGUACCAGCCAUGGGUUGGAGGCUUCUCCGAUUGGACCGUCCAUUGAUGAGGUUAGGCUGCUUGCUGGUUCUCUUUUCCA